AUGCUACCCAUUUGCAUCAACCCCCAGGGUAACCGGUGCCCGACUGGAGCAGUUGCACCCGAGAAGCUCCCUCCACCCAAGCAAAUCAUACUCCAUCCGUCUGAUCCCGGUGGUGAGAAUGCAUCCCUAUUCUACGUGGGCUCUGCAACAACCAUCAUAGAAUGGGCUGGAAUCCGAUUGAUGACAGAUCCUGAUUUUCGCAUUUCUGGUGACCAUGCACGUCUGAGCCCUGGUAUAUCGAGUACUCGGCUCACCAACCCAGCCAUUGAUCUGAGAGAGCUGCCACGCAUUGACAUCAUACUCUUGUCUCACUACCACGGGGACCACUUUGAUGAAAAGACAAAAGCCUCCCUCCGGCGGGAUAUCCCCAUCAUCACGAAUCCACAGGGUAAAACAUACCUGACCUCGAAGCAUCCUAACCCUUUCAAACGAGUUCACGCGUUGAAUCCAUUUGAUCAUAUCAUGGUUGAUAUAGAAGGUACAAUGAGAACCAGACAGCCACGACUGCGUGUUAUAGGAAUGCCGGGCAAGCAUAUCCCAUCAAAUCCAGUCAUAGAGAGUUUGAAUGCAUUAGCCCAAACUAUUCCUCCAACUAACGGCUGGAUGCUCGAGUUUGGAUAUGGAACGUCUGACACCAGCUACUUUGAGUGUGGUUACCGAAUUUACAUAACAGGAGACACUCUGUUUGUGGAUGAGCUUCAGGAGAUCGCACAGAGAUAUGAAGGAGAGGUAAUUGACCUUAUGCUAGCCCAUCUAGGCGGCGUCAUGAUCCCAUCUCCAUCGAUGGAUCCCCUUACGGUGAUGAUAACGAUGAAUGCGGAAGAAGGUAUUGAGCUGAUGAAGCUGGUGAAGCCCGACAUAACAAUACCCAUUCAUUAUGACGAUUAUGACAUAUUUGCCAGUCCGCUUGAAGAUUUCCGACGGCUUGUUGACGCUAAUAAGUUUGAAAACCACACUUUGUUUCUCGAGCGAGGGGAUGUACACCAUUUCAAGGUUAAGAGUAUUAAUAUAUUCGCCAUGUCGCUGUUUCACGGGAAAUCCAAGUCCACUCGGUCCAUUCCGAGUAACGAUCUUGCCGAACCGCGGGGCAGCAACAACAGCCAACGCGACCGACCGACCGUCAAUACGGGCACUAGUGAAUCUCACUAUCGUCGUCCUAAAAGGAGUUUGUUUACGCGACCUUCAUCUGGUAUACUCGAGCGCAGUGUCUCUGUCAAAAACCGGCAGAUUUCUCAGCCUAUCUCGCAACCAGGCUCACCGUGGUUUACUCAAAAUUUGGAGGAGCAAGCGCCGAACACCUCCGAAGAUCAGGGUACACCGCGCUUGUCCUCGACCUAUCAAGAGCAUCACCGUCCCUUCCAGCAAGUUUCAGAUCAAACGCAUCCUGCUUCCAACCGGUCGCAACAGUCUCAGUCGCAGCAGUCACAGUCGCAGUCGCAGCAUCAGCAGCAACAGCAGCAACAGCAACAGCAACAGCACCAACCAACCCCCGCACCACCCCCACCACAUCAGGGCCAACUCCCCAGACCGCCGCAGUCUAUCCAACGCUCUUUCACAGACUUGAGCUUCACGUUUGCAGAGCAAUACAAACGCAACUCAACUUCAGCACAGUCCCUAUUCAACGAAGUUCAGGACGUGAAUUCCCGUCAGCCUGAACCUCCUCUUUCACCGCUUCCCCCGCAAACCCCCGACAUGCAGGCAUCGCCAGAAAAACCACCAGGCCCAACCGAUCGAGCACACCAGGACUCAGGCAGAAGCGGUAGGAGUUCUGCCCAAGAAACUACGGAUGGACGCCAUACACCCACUAGUAAUCGGAUACGCGAGGACCCACUGGAUAGUACGAUUGACGUCCGGGCUUUAGUUCAGAAACACGAGGAACUUCAAGCCAAAUAUUCCAAGGUCAAGCGCUACUAUUUCGAGAAGGAGGCCCAGGUGCAGCAUCUUCAAAAUACAGUAGCGCACCAGCGUAUGGCUGUGUCCCGCACAGUACUAGAUGAUAACGAGUAUGCCAACCGCUUCCAGCGACUAGAUGGCGCUAUUAAAGACCUUGCGUUCUCGGUACGGAAAGACUGGCGUGUGGUUCCCUCCUGGCUACGUAGUCUUGUUUCCGACGACGCCGUGGCUGUUGGCACUAAAGAGAUGACGGCAAUAGGUCGGGCUGUGAUUAGUCGGUGGUUAGUGGAGGAGGUCUUUCAACGCCACUUUCACCCCGGACUGGAUCAAAACCUCAGCUUGCAGCUGAAAAGUAUUGAAAUGAACCUGCGACGACAGCAGGUCCGCUCGGCCACAGACGAAGAUCGCGAGAAUCUCAUCGCCCGCCUUUCCAACUGGCGCCGUACCACGUUCGACGGGCUAGGUGAGAUCCUUACAACCCCUUCUGCCCAGGACCAUCGCAUAGAGCUGGUCGAGCAGCUGACAGGCCAACUUGCGUCGUUCUUGACUGCCCAUCUACACGAGUCAGGCCUGCCAGGACUUGAGCCUGGUGUGGGUAUGAUCAUAACGAACACCGUCAAUAUCAUCGAGAAGAUCCCAUUAGAGGCUCGAGACGUUUGUGUCGAGUACCCUGCAACCAACAUCCUAUUCAACGAGUCGAGCAUGAAGGUGGAAAGUCAACUUCCACCCUUGAGUCACCCCCCACCUCCACCGAUCGAGGAAUCCGAAGAGGCGUCAGCUGGAGAGAAUGACACCCCAUCACCCCCAUCAAACCCCGUUGACGUAUCUACAACCCCACGAGAGCCGAAGAAGAAAUCAGUCUUUGGAGCUUUGAUGGGCCGCAAGACUAGUGCUGAACCCAGUCGUCCGGCUGGACAUGCAGAGGAAAAGGUGGAUUCUUCCGAGCUGGCUCGUAUUCGCUUUGCAUCUUUCCCUACUGUUGAGGUGCAUGGCAAGGGACCGACUACUGUAUUGGUGAAAUCGCCAGUUUGGCUGGUGGAGUGA